AUGGACAAUCCACCUCAAAUCCACGAUCUGAUGAUCGUUUUCGACGCCGUAACAGGCGGGAUGCCCGAUGUCGCGGUGCUGAAACAGGCCAUCCCGGACAUCAUCAACUUCGUGGCUGUCGCUGACUGCUUUGAACGUAUUGGAGUCCUAGCCUAUCGCAAUUAUACUUAUAGUCCUGAGAAAGUGGUAGAGUGGUCAGGAUGGUGCUAUCCUUCUCAUGACCCCGGGUAUCCCAGUACAGACCACAUACUCAGAUUCGUUGAAACAUUAGAGAUGCCUACCGCCAAUAAGUGCAAGUUAAAUUGUGCUUCAAAAAUGGCCCUUGCCAAGGCGUAUCAUGAGAUGAAAUCGAACUGUACUAUCAUCCUUCUUUAUAACGAUGCUCCUCCCCUGCUCGAGCAUAUCGGUGGGGAUCAUUACGACUUGGAGCAAAAGUCACUCGCAGGGUAUGGUCAAGCAGGCCCCCGUUUCCGCAAUUGGAUCAAUGUUGCCAAUACUUUCGCGGGUAUGGCUUUGGACAAGAACGCUGUGGUGCUUUCUUUCAGCCUUGGAUGCCAUGAUAAAAUCAUUGAUUGGAGCCCGUAUCUCUAUCUAUCUUUCAUGACAGGGGGCGAGCUCUAUCGUACGAAAUACACCAGUGUCUCUCGACUCACUAUAUGCCUGCUCCUCACUUGGAUGCAGGCUGAUGGAAAUAUCGACAUACCACAGGCCCUCAGAACAACCUACAAAGCUAACCCAUUACUGUCACAUUCCCCUAUCGAGGACAAUAUGGAUACUUUUUGCGGCCUAGACUGUGGAAAUCUCCAGCUUUCCGAUACUCAUACUGCACCACGCAACUGCCUCCGUGUCCCAUAUGGCGCUUUCAGCAACAUUAACCAGCAGCUUAACAAAUUUACCAGCAGAGACUUGGCCAAUAACUACAUUGCUCGCCCCAUAUCGUCCAAAGACGUCAUAGCAAGACAUAUUAGUCGAAUCAUCGAGACCAACGUAUCGGUCCUCGCUAUCCAUUCCCUAUUCCAGCGACUUUGGGUCCAUGUCUGUACGGACCGAACUGGUAGCUGGAUAAAGAGGACCCUCAAGCAAAAGUUCGAAGCUGAGGUCCUUCUGAUUUCCAAUGACGAAGACAGGAGGCAAGUACAGGCUUGGUUGGACGAGGCGGAUACCAUCUUGCAUGAGAUGGGAGAGGAGAUCUAA